CAUGAAUUAUGAAUUCAUAAAUAUAAAACAAUUUAUUAAUAAAAUUAGCAUAAUCAAUCAAGUGUGAGUGUAAGUCCAUAUGUAAUAAAUAUAUUUGAACUUCAUAUUUGUUAUGAUUCUUAGAAAUUAUCUUUGAAGUAUUCUUUAAAUAUAAAUUUAGAAUAAAAUGAGUAAGAGAAAAGCACCUAGUGAUUCAACAAAUCCAAAUCAUGAUUUUUGUGAGUUCUUAAUUGAAUUGGCGGAUUAUGAGAAAAAUGUUUCUCGUAAUAUCCAUAAGUAUAAUGCUUAUCGAAAAGCAGCUAGUGCCUUAGCUAAAUAUACGACUCGAAUAAAAUCUGGUGAAGAAGCACGAAAAUUGGAUGGAAUUGGUGAUAAAAUCUCAAAAAAGAUUGAUGAGUUCUUAAACACGGGAAAAUUAAAAAAACUAGAUAAUAUUAGAAGUGAUGAAGGUGCAGUUGCUAUAAAAGAUCUAACAAGAGUUAGUGGCAUUGGACCUGCUAAAGCAAAAGAAUUGUAUGAUUUAGGUAUCACAAAUAUUGACAUAUUAGUAAAGAAUCAAGACAAAUUAAACCAUCACCAACGAUUAGGACUAAAAUAUUUAAGUGACUUUGAGCAAAAAAUACCAAGAAAUGAAAUUAUUGAAGUAGAAAAAAUCAUCAAGAAAAUAUUAAGCAAUCUAGAUUCUAAGUAUAAGAUUACUAUUUGUGGUAGCUACAGACGCGGUAAAGCAUUUAGUGGAGAUAUUGACACUUUGAUUUCUCACCCAACAUUUAUGUCCAAAGACUUGAAAAAAAAGAAUAAUAUGUUGCAAGUGGUUGUGGACAUUUUAAAAACAAAUAAUCUUAUUACUGAAACUAUGUCAUUGGGAGAUACUAAGUUCAUGGGUGUAUGUAAAUUGAAUAAUAUUUCAAGACGAUUGGACAUUCGUUUGAAUCCAUAUGAUCAAUUUUAUUGUGCUGUUCUUUAUUUUACCGGGAGUGAUUUGUUCAAUAAACAAAUGAGGGAUCACGCUUUAAAUCAAGGUUUUACUCUUAAUGAAUAUACUUUACGACCCAUUGGUUCAACAGGUAUACCAGGUGAACCUGUAGAGAUAACUAGUGAAGAAGAUAUUUUUGAAUAUUUAGACUAUCCUUAUAAAAAACCCGAAGAACGCAAUAUUUAAUAUAUAAUUUAAUAUUAAAAUAUACACACAAGAAGUUGCGAGUUGAAUAUUGAAGUAAAUUAACAUAUGAGUUUUCUUGUAUAUAAAUUGCAUUAUAUAAUUUUAAAUAGUGGCAGAUUAAAUACCUA